AUGUCACCAGUGUGCCCUGUGCCAACAGAUAUUAUUUUAGAGCUUGAUGUGAUCAUCCCAGUCUCCAGUUCACCUCCAGCUUUCCUGGAUCAACUGAGGAUCAGUCUGAGUAACAUCUCACUACCCAACCCCAUCAGUUCAUCUCUGCAGUUGUUAGAGGUCAACCUUACCACAGUGUGUUUCCCAAACUCAACUGGAGAUAUUCAGUGUCAGUGUGAGGAGGACUUUGCUUGGUCAUGUGACCAGUGUACCACCCUGGGUACAUGUGGGAGUGUCACUGGGCUGACCUGUGGGUGCAUAAAUGGAUUUCCUCCUGAUGGACAGUACUGUGAGCCAAUCAUGAGUGUUGAUCCAUGUCCUCCAACUACUGUGCCAGCAGAUAUUAUUUUAGAGCUUGAAUUAAGCAUCCCAGUCUCCAAUUCGUCUCCAGCUUUCUUGGAUCAACUGAGGAUCAGUCUGAAUAACAUCUCACUCUCCAUCCCCAUCAGCUCGUUUUUACAGGUGUUAGAGGCCAACCUUACCACAGUGUGCUCUCCAAAUGCCACUGGAGGUAUUCAGUGUCAGUGUGAGGAGGACUUCGCUUGGUCAUGUGACCAGUGUACCACCCAUGCGACAUGUGGAAGUGUCACUGGACCGACCUGUGGGUGUAUAUAUGGAUUUCCUCCUGAUGGAGAGUACUGUGAGCCAAUCACAAGUGUUGAUCCAUGUCCUCCAACUACUGUGAUGUCAACAACACCACCAAUGAAUACAACGCUGCCAAUGAAUACAACACUACCAAUGAUUACAACGCCACUAAUGAAUACAACACUACCAAUGAUUACAACGCCACUAAUGAAUACAACACUACCAAUGAUUACAACGCCACUAAUGAAUACAACGCUACCAAUGAUUACAACGCCACUAAUGAGUCCAACACCAGCAACCAAAGUGCCAGCAGAUAUUAUUUUAGAGCUUGAAUUAAGCAUCCCAGUCUCCAAUUCGUCUCCAGCUUUCUUGGAUCAACUGAGGAUCAGUCUGAAUAACAUCUCACUCUCCAUCCCCAUCAGCUCGUUUUUACAGGUGUUAGAGGCCAACCUUACCACAGUGUGCUCUCCAAAUGCCACUGGAGGUAUUCAGUGUCAGUGUGAGGAGGACUUCGCUUGGUCAUGUGACCAGUGUACCACCCAUGCGACAUGUGGGAGUGUCACUGGACCGACCUGUGGGUGUAUAUAUGGACGUCCGUCUGAUGAGUUCUGUCAGCCAGUCACAACCCUGUCUAAGGGUGACAACAACAACGCCAUCACCGACAACAACAACGCCAUCAUCAACAACAACAACGGCAUCAUCAACAACAACAACGCCAUCAUCGACAACAACAACGCCAUCAUCGACAACAACAACGCCAUCAUCAACAACAACGACAUCAUCAACAACAACAACGCCAUCAUCAACAACAACGCCAUCAUCAACGACAACAACGCCAUCAUCAACAACAACAACACAACAACAACAACGCCACCGACAACAACAACGCCGCCACUGCCAAUAAUAAGUAGGACUGGUUCUUAUACCAUAGACUUGGACUUCGAUGAAAGUUACAAUGACCCAACUAAUGAUGUUUACAUUACGUCACUCCGGACUAUUCAAGAGCAAUGUAGGGAGCACAUCACGACUCUCCAAUCAGAUUGCAUGAUAGAUAGAUUCAGGCCUGGAAGCACUAUCGCUGAUUACGUUGUACAAGCAACUUCCUUUGACGAUGCAGAAAUUGAAGCCCUAGAAGCAGGGUUAUUUAACGAGCUGGCAGAGAUAUACACCGUGAUUUUUGAUUCUCCAACAGAGACACCCUUAAAGAUGGAACCACCGACAACAGUAAUCGCACAGGAAAGAGCGACUUUGACAUGUGGUCCUCCUCCAGAAAGUCUAAAUUUUGGGACUGUCUUGGAGGCAGAGUGGAGGCUUGACAACAGGGUUAUCACCGAAGACAGUCUGCACGAGUUUUCAAUAGAGAACGGAGUGGCAAAGUUAACUGUGAACAGAUACUUCAGCACAGACCUCGGUCAGUAUGAAUGCAGGCUCAAGAGUGGCAGCAAAGUUUUCAGGCAAAGAUCAGCCCAAAACUUCAUCCUUCAAGACAGACCCAUGAUAGAGGUCACUCUGGUCAACAGAAUGGUCCACUGUGACGAUACAAAAGAAGUUACUCUGCGGUGCUCUGUAAACAGCCCCUACGUGGUCGAGUUGAUCGACGAAACUGGACGAGUUGCAGGCCCAGGUAGUUCUAUCAGCCACCAGUUUUCAAUCUCCGAGUGUAGCAGCAGAAUAGAGACCUUCACCUGUCAAGUGACUGAGUCUGACAUACCAGCAUCACAACAAAUAAGACUGGAGUUAACUCCAGGAGCAUUUGUGUGCAAUGAUACUGAAUUUGGUACUGGAAACACUGGGGACAGUUCUGUAGCUCCCUGUGUCUCUGGUAAUGUGGGAGAGAUAACAGGAGUUUGUCAGGCCAGUGGAACCUGGAUAGUAGAACAAGAGAGCUGCAUCCUGGAGCCGGUUCAGGAGCUACUCCAGCAGUCUGAGUUCUUGAAUAACAAUUCACUGCCAGUAUUCUUGGAAACACUCAGCAACGUCACCGUCAACUUCACCGAGGAAGUGGUUGAAUCUCCACCAAACAUCAACGCCAUUGUUCAGAUUCUCAGCAACAUCGCCAAUGCAUCACUGCCUAUUAACAGACCUUCACUGGAGGACAUCCUCAUCACUGCAGGUAUCCUCACCAUAGACGAUGCCAUAGGGUCUUGGAACAUCCUGAACUUCAAUGACACCUUGAACAUGACAGAAGUGACGAACAGCAGCGCCACGACUGACAGUGUCAGCUCCACAUUGCUGCUGUCGUUAGAGAUGAUAACAAGCCUCACUUUCAAUGAGUCUUUUAGCAUUAACACGCCCUUUAUUCUCUUCAACAAAACCACAUUCAAUGACUCUUUCAACGCUGACUUUCUUAACUCCUCUGUGGAGAUAUUCAUACAAGAGGCUAGUGAAGAUGAGAAGUUUCUCUCUGUGAUGACGUUCGUUUCUAUGGAUAAUGUUCUCCCACCCAGAGACCAGGAAAACUCCUCCAUCUUCUCCAUCAACGGGAGAGUCGUUCUGGUUCAGUCCAGUGGGCCAAACAGCGUCAUUGAUAAUGUCUCCUUUACAUUUGAUGUCCUUAAUGACACUCUGGGGAAUCCACAGUGUGUUUUCUGGAACUUCACCCUGUUUGACGGCCUGGGUGGAUGGGACGGUGAAGGCUGCGAGCUGAUAUUGCAUGAGAAUGACACUGUCACCUGUAACUGCAACCACCUGACCUCCUUUUCCAUCCUCAUGUCCCCUUUGGCUCCAGACUGUCCAGAGUGUUCGCUGAUAACGUACAUCGGAGUUGGCAUAUCCUUGGCUUCCUUGAUCAUAUGCCUGAUAAUUGAAGGUGUCAUAUGGAGGAAAAUUAGGAGGAACACCACGUCCUACCUGCGUCAUGUUUCCAUCGUGAACAUCGCCGUGUCGCUCCUGAUUGCAGACAUUUGGUUCAUUGUAGCAGCGUCCAUUUCAGCUGCAGAUGAUAAAAACCUGGAGGCAUGCGCGGCAGCCACAUUCUUCGCACAUUUUUUCUAUCUGGCCUUGUUCUUCUGGAUGCUCUCCUCCGCUCUUCUUUUGUUCUAUCGUACAGUCAGCGUCUUCGAUGCAGGUUUGUCCAAGAAAGCCAUGUUAGCCAUCGGAUUCUGUCUUGGAUACGGAGCGCCUCUCAUCAUCUCAGUCAUUACCGUCGCUGUAACUGCACCCAAUAAUGAAUACAUCCAAGAGGACGUCUGCUGGCUCAACUGGUUUCAAUCCAAAGCUCUGCUGGCCUUUGUGGUCCCUGCUCUGUUGAUAGUGGUCAUCAACCUCAUCAUCCUGUUGGUGGUUAUAUAUAAAAUGGUGAGGAGAAGGACGGGGGCAGAUGCCGCUCAAGCAGGCGAGAGGAAUGUUUUGUUUGUUAUUAUAAGGAGCCUGGCUGUCCUCACGCCGAUCUUUGGACUGACCUGGGGUCUGGGGAUUGGAACCUUGGUCAGCUAUACAACCAAAGGCAUCCAUAUUGCUUUUGCAUUCUUCAACUCACUGCAGGGUUUCUUCAUAUUGGUGUUUGGAACACUGCUGGACAAAAAGGUACGGUCAGAACUCGCACUCAAGUCAACGUCACAAACUUCUGGAGGUGGAACAAGGAGCACCAGUGGAGGAAAUUCAACAUCCAUCGGAUUAGGAUUUUUACGAAACUUAAGAAGAAGACGAGAUGGUUACCACGUCUCGUCCACAGAGUCUGGCUUGUCUCAUUUCUCCAACACAUGAUAGUCUUUGCACAGAGCUCCUGCCGGUCUGAAAGCCAAGUCAA